ACUAACAUUAGAUAUUUACAGUUGACCACCACAUAAUACAGGAUUGGUAAAUUUCAAACAGUCUAUAAUUUUAGUAGUAUAGUUAAAAUUUGAACGCAACAUAAUAAAAUGCCUAAACUAUGACAGGAUCAGUUGACAACUGGGACGUAUUAGAUGAUUUGAUAUCUAAAGAUGAAGGCGAACGAAAAGAUCAGGGUAUAAUCAGUAGCAGAAACCACGAGACGCGGAGCAGAAGAACGACCGCCGCGUCGUCGGCCGUUCGGGAAACGACGGACGAUUGGCUGGGCUUGCGGCCGAACAGUAGCACGGAGACCGCGCCGCCGUCGCACUACGAACCGUCGUCGGUGUCGUCGCGCGGCCCGUCCAGGCGUCAGGACUUCCGGCAGCAGCGCACCUCCCGUUCGGCCGGCCUGUUAUUCAGCGACGACGACGACGACGACAACGGCAGAAAUGCGACGGCCGACAGGAAGGCCGCCGGCACCAGACACGGUUACGACAUGUUCGCCGGGCCGGGCGGCGGUGGUGGCAAGGCGGCGGACCAACAGACGUUGUCGAAACGCCGCGAGACGUCUCCGUCCAUCGUCACGGCCGCCGGGACCAACGCUGCCGCAGGUGAUAAGAUGCCAUCUUGGCUUAGUGGAUUAAUACAGCAUAAAGACGAAACCUCAACUGCGCCUCCUCCUCCUCCUCCUAUUUUAAUUACCAAUGAGAUGGCGGUAACUGGUACUCAAAAAUCGGAAGCAACUGAAAGUAAGAACGUAGAGAAUAAGAGUUUCAUGUUUGAAACUUUGCUCAAACAAAAAGACAGUGUUGUAACUUCUACGCUGGAAUUAAUUCAAGAUUUGACCAAAAAAAAACAAGACAUUCAGCAAGCUACGUUGACAUUGAUACAAGAACAACAAAACAGUGAUCUUUUAAUUAAAACGCUGUUAAUGGACAAUAGUUGUUCUUCUGUGAUCGACAGGCAAGAAUUGGAACGUCUACGGUCCGAGAAUCACAAUUUUAAAUUGACAAUUGAUCAUUUUGCCAAGAAGCAUGAAUUAGAAUUAGAUGUUUUAAAGACUAGAUACGAAUUACAACAGAACGUACUACAAGAAAAGCUAGAUCGCUUUGAAGAACACGUCAACGAAUUGGAAGAAGCACGAAAAGCCGAUAUGAUUGAACGAAAAGAAAACGAAAAUCGUUUGAAAGAAACAUACGAAGAAAGAUUACGUGCGAUGCACGAAAGUCAUUUAACAGAUCUCAAACAAACGGCUGAAUUGCAAAAGAUUAAAACGGCUCACUUGGAGCAAAUUGAAUUCAGUAUUCGAGAUUCGAAACCAAAACACUUAACCAGCGAUGAUCUGACGGCUCGAGAGAUUUCGAUUGCCACACAAGAUCAAAAACUCAAAGGUUAUAGCGCAAUCUUUAUUUACACUAGUCACUUAUUAAUCUUUAGCACACAUGCAAUGCGUAAUAUAUACAAUAUAAAUAUUAUAAUAAUUAAUAGCAUAACCGAAGUUUAUAUACGGAAGGUCGAUAAAAUUAUUGUACUUAAUUUAACGGGCAUAGAUUUACAGAAAGAAAUAGAUAAGCAGAUGACAGUAUUAGAAGGAGAAAGGUCGGCCCUCCAAAUGAAAAUCGAAGAGUUCCAAUUGAGAAAUCAAAGGGAACGAAAUGAACUCGAACUCGACAGCAAAGAAUUAAAAAGAUCUUUAAAAACGUUCGAGGAAGAACGUAAAACAUGGGAACGUGAAAAGAAAUCAGAAACUCAGUACAUCGAAAGUCGCAAACAAGAAUUAGAGGCGGUCCGUUUGUCGGUAAUGGAAGAGCAACGCAAAUUAACCGAAGAACGAUACGAAGUGGCUUCAGAACGUUACAAACUCGAAUCUAUGCUCAAACUUGAUUCUGGUACAGGAACCAAUUUAAUACAAGCUAAAGUGGAAGUGAAAGAGAAUUUCAGAGAAUUGAAGAAAAAAGAAAAAGAACUAGAAAAACGAUUGGAAAACGUGAAAGAACUGGAAAAACGUUUAGACGAAGAAAAACAAAAGUUGCAAGAACAAGACGACGAAAUAAAAAUGAAAUCAAUUCGUGCUGAAAAAAUGUUAAAGAUUGCAGUUACAAAACAAGACGAAGGCUUAAAAUCUUUGGAAAAUGCAAAAGAUAUUCAAAAUAAGUUUGAUAAAAAGGGAAACGACAUUCAAAAACGAUUGUUAGAUGUUAUUAGACGCGAAGAAAAUGUUAUCCAGGAAGAAACUAAACUGGCUAAAGAAAAAGAAGCGUUUAAAAAACAACUAAAAAAACUUGAUCUCGUUCUACCUCAAUUAUCAUCAGAUGAAAUCAGUUUUUUACAUCCAACAUUGAACAAAUAUGAAGCUGAAAAAGAUAUACAUACAAGAAAAUUCACCUAUAGUAUUUUAUAGUGUUUAAAUUAUUAAU